AGAGGAGGGGAGAGGACUGGGGAGCGGAGCCAGAGCCGGGCUGCCUGCCACCCGGCUGCUCGUCCGCUAGCUGGGGAGGAGUGCUCCACCCGCAACUGACAAAGGAUGGGAGAAUGCCCGCGCCCCGGAAUGCCGGCCGCGCGCAGCCUGGCGGCCGCCUGAGCUACUUCACCCUCCGCCGGUAAGUGACUGCAAACAUAAUUCAUUCAAUCAGCCUCACUGGGAGCUCCCUCUCUCCGGUUGGUAGUCCUGAGCGGCUUGUCCCUGAUCCCGAGCGGGGCUUGGCACAGCAUCAGCCCUGGAGGGCAGGCAGCAGGUGCCUUUGCCUGGUGGGUACACUGGGGAGCGUGGCUGGGGUUCGCGGGUGCUGCCACCCAACCUGCGGGCGACGGGCUUGCCCGGUAGGCGCCUCUCUGGUGAGAGUAGGCGGCUCCAGCCCGCCGCCUGGGGUAGUUGCUACUAUUGGCCCCCGGCGCCCGCUCUGCGCGCGCGCCGUUUCUGGCGGAUCCCCAGUGCGCUGCGCGCUGUUUACACCGGCGUGGUACUAGUCACCCAGCCGCACCCCUCGGAAAGCGCGGAAUCGAUGACAGCCACUUUACAGGCUCACGCGCUCCCAGUGUGGGCUUGAGGGGGACGGGGAGCGAUUACCAAAGGAGAGCGCUCACCACGGAAGACACAGGGCAGCCUUUGUCUUGGGUUUAGCGCUGAUGCGCUCAACCCUGAGUCGGGUUCACUGCAACUGUUGGGUCCGAUUUCGGUUCCCUGCAACCGCACUCCUGCGCGAGAGAUGUCAUUGUGUUCCUGUGGCCAGCGGGACUGAGAGCUGGGACUUAAGACGCCAGGAGGGUCCUGCGCUCACGGGAAAUGUAUCCCAAAAGAACUCUGAGAAAAUAUACCCAACUGUCCUGCUGUGAUUAAACAAGACUGCUGUAUUUUAAUUUCAGAAAUUGAAAAGGGAUAAGAGGAAGGAGAAAAUGCUGGGCUGGUGUGAAGCGAUAGCCCGUAACCCUCACAGAAUUCCAAACAACACGCGAACACCCGAGAUCUCAGGGGAUUUGGCUGACGCCUCACAAACCUCCACAUUGAAUGAAAAAUCCCCAGGGCGAUCUGCAAGUCGAUCAAGUAACAUUUCAAAGGCAAGCAGCCCAACAACAGGGACAGCUCCCAGGAGCCAGUCAAGGUUGUCUGUCUGUCCAUCCACUCAGGACAUCUGCAGAAUCUGUCACUGCGAAGGGGAUGAAGAGAGCCCCCUCAUCACACCCUGUCGCUGCACUGGGACACUGCGCUUUGUCCACCAGUCCUGCCUCCACCAGUGGAUAAAGAGCUCAGACACACGCUGCUGUGAGCUCUGCAAGUAUGACUUCAUAAUGGAGACCAAGCUCAAACCCCUCCGGAAGUGGGAGAAACUACAGAUGACCACAAGUGAAAGGAGGAAAAUAUUCUGCUCUGUCACCUUCCACGUAAUUGCGAUCACCUGUGUGGUUUGGUCUUUGUAUGUAUUGAUAGACCGGACAGCGGAGGAAAUCAAGCAAGGCAAUGAUAACGGUGUCCUUGAAUGGCCGUUUUGGACAAAACUGGUUGUGGUAGCCAUUGGCUUCACAGGAGGUCUUGUCUUCAUGUACGUACAGUGUAAAGUCUACGUUCAGUUGUGGCGCAGGCUGAAGGCCUACAACCGUGUGAUCUUUGUACAAAAUUGCCCAGACACUGCCAAAAAACUGGAGAAGAACUUCUCAUGCAAUGUAAACACAGACAUCAAAGAUGCUGUGGUAGUGCCUGUACCACAAACAGGUACAAAUUCACUGCCAUCUGCAGAGGGUGGCCCCCCUGAAGUUGUAUCAGUUUGAUGGAACCUGUUGGGAGUUUCUUCACCGAAGAAUAUCUUUCUAGCCCUCAGCCACUACAAAUGACAGAAGUGAUCUUGAAUUAUUUACUCCCUUCAGCUCCUCCUUUCUCCUACUGACACAUUUUUCCUGACUUUGUUCAAAGAGGAAAGGAGAAAAACACACCAAAUGCCCAGGAGCCCAUGAAGUAAUAGCGUAAAGUAUGUAUGGAAAUGUGAAGUUUGCAAGAGAAUGAUUUCUAAGACAAUUAAGAACUACUGGGGCAAUGAAUGCUUUUAGGCAGUAAUCAAAGAUUAAAUGGACCCAUGAUACUCUUCACAGUUAACAGGGGAAAAGUUCAAGAAUACAGACUUGAAUUGCAAUGUGUAUUACUUCUAGGGCCUUGUAAUGUUAACUGUCUCAUCUGGAAAUAACUAACAUAUUUGGUUUUAAGCCUGAAAUUGUCUGCAUUAUCCCUAAGUCAUAUUGGAAGUGAACUUGGAGGAUGCAUAUUUUGAUAUGCUUUGACAGCUAACAGAUUUUUAUGGUUUAGUGGAGUCUGGUUAUUUUGACAGAUGCAUGUUUUUUAAAUAGAUGCAAUAUACAUUUGAAGACAUUGAUAUUUGGAAUUAUGUUUAAGUCAUGCAAAAGAUUUUCAGAAAAUGUUCGGAUAUAAUUAGCUCUGUUAAAUACCCACAGAACUCAGUUAUCGGGUCUUAUAUUUUUAUCUGGUUCCUCUAAUACCGUGCUGUCCAAUAGAAACACAACAGCCACAAAUGCAGGCCACAGAUGCAAAUAUUUAACUUCCCAGUAGCCCCAUUUUAAAAAGUAAAAAUAAAUGUUAAAAUGAAUUUUGAUUUUUUAAAAAGUUAACACUAUAUAUGUUAUUUCAACAUGUCAUCAAUAUAAAAAUUGAUUGACAGUUUUUACAUCUGUUUCUUGAACCAAGUUUUCAAAAUCCAGUUGGUAAUUUAAAAGCACACUUCAACUUGAAUUAACUAUAUUGGAUAGCACAGCCGUAAAAUUAGAGACUAAGCUUCUGCUUUAUUUAACAGUUGAAUAUUUCAAAACAGUUUAAUUCAUUAUUUUAUUUCAAAGUCUCACAAAAGCUAUGAUUUUUAAAAGCAUUAAAUUAAAUUAAGUGUCCUCAUUUUAAAGUCAGAUGAAGUUCACAUCUCUAAAGGGUAAAAAUCCAAAAGUAUAGAAAGAUAAAACAAUCUGCCUGUAGCAAAGUUGUGAAAUUAAUUUCUUACUAUGAAGUACUUACAAUAGGGGAAUAAAAUUACCUAUUUUUGUUAUUAAAUCAAAUGUGUAAGGCUUACUUCAUCCAUGAGGUGUCAACUUGACAGAUGAUGAGUAAUUAUGACUAAGAAUCUAGCCCUUACUUUUAAAAGCUGACAGGAUUUCCCUCGCUCAGUUAGAAAGCAAAAAUAUUCAACAGAUUCUAUGAUAAGUAAUUAAUUGUUCAGGUUUGACAGUUGAUUAUUGUGUUCUUUGCAUAUUCAUGUAAAACUGAUUGAUGAUGUGUGAAUGACAUUGCAGUGAGCUAGAUUAAUGAUGAUUAUAGAUAUAGUAGCCUGUCAAAGAAAGACAUCCUACAUUAAAAAAGGUGACUUAUUUUUGUUAGCUGUCAUUAUUUAUUAACAUGAAAAGGCAAUGAUGGCCAUAAGAACCAAAGCAUGAGUAUCACAUUGCACAAAUCUGGGUAUCACAUGGAUGCACUUUGUAAUUAUCAGUGUGCUUGUUCUUCACAGAUCAUAGGAAAAAGGAAAAAAACAAAAAAACCUUUAAAUGAGGAGAAAGAUGGUAUGAAUAUUAGUAGUGGCUGACACUGAGUCCAAAUAGUCUUGAUUACUAGAAAUAAACAAAAGGUAAACAAUGUCAAUUUUGUGUGUGUGUAUGGCGUGUGUGUAUUCAUGUAUAUAUGCGGGGAAAACGUUAAGGUAUUCAGUCAGGAAACAAAAGGUUUAAAACUCAUCUUUCUUAAAACUUGUUAUAAGCAUAGGGAAAACAAAGUUGAGGUAACUAAACUGAACCAAAAAUUCUGUAUAAAUAAGGAUAUAAGUAAUGUUUUAAAAAACAGUGGACCUUAAACAAAUUAAACUGUAUAUUAAAUUCCUCUUAAAUGCCCAUUUUAAAUAUUUAAGAUAAAUACAUUUAUGAAUAACAAAUCUGUGGGUGAUUUAACCAUGGCACCAUAUCCAAGGGAUUAACCUUAAUGCAAUUUUCCUGUUAACUGUCCUAAGCUUUUUACUAAUCCAUUUUCCCUGUGGGUUAGUAAUGGCAACAUGCUGCUUAUAGAUAUUCCCGGGGAAAAACAUCUAGACAUCAGCAAACAAAGAAAUGUUGAUUUCUCUUUUGUUUGCUCUGAAAGUAAAAUAAUUAUUUACUUUAAUUAACAUGGAAAAUAUUGUUUAAAUUCUGUACGAACCUAAACAAGAUAUGUUGCAGGGCUGAUUUCACAGUAGAGGAUGAUUGGCUAAAAUAAAGCCUCAUUUAUUAAGGGCUACACUUAACACUAAGAAAAUAUGUCUAGAAUAAAAUGCAAAGGUAAGCAUUAUUGUAUUAAUAGUAAAAGAGGACAUGGGAUUUUAAAACUAUACCUAAAUUCUUGCAAUUAACUUUUAUGGGCUUGGACAUUGUUGAAAUGAGAAAAUAAUAUAGUUUCCUGGCAGGUUAAAAGUCAACACUUGAUUUUGCUAUUCUUCUGACUUUUUGAAACCCUGAAGUUCUGAAUUUCAAGCUUUUAAGAAGCUUUUCAGCAAUGGUUGUUUAUGGUUCAAACAUCUGAAAUAACUACCUGCAUUUAAAAUCUAAUGUUGAUUAUUUUCUUUUUACAUUCUGUGUGGCAAUGGAACAUUUGCCCUUUCAAACAAUAAAACGAUUUAGUUUUGUGGCAGCGCUUUUUUGUAGACUGACUAUACCCUUCAAAAAGAAGAACUGCUCUACAGAAUGCAAAUUUUGAGGCAUGUUUACCUGCUCAUGGAAGAAAUAAAACGGAAUUGAAAAAAAAGGACUAAAAUUGAAGAAUGAAAUUACAGUUGCGUUAAAAACCUUGGCUCUUUACAAUCAUGAAUCUUCAGUAUUAUCAAUACCAUAAACCAGACAUUGAUGCUGUUAAUUUUUUAAAGAACUAUCACUCUUAUCUUACAGGAGUAAAGAUUAAAUUGUAAAAGAAAGAAAUUCCAAUUUUUCAAAAAGUAAAGCCCAAAAGGCAAUUAAGCUUAAGUACAAAAACAAAAUAAAAAUGAACAAAAUCUAAACUAAAGUGAGCCCAACAACCUGAGAUACAGCAGUGUGUAACCUGAAGGAAGAUAGGUGUAGACUGAACGAGUCUUUCAAAACACCCCAGCAUUAACUCUCACUCUGUGCUGCUUCUACACGUGAUUAUAGUUCCCAGAGAGACAACCUCAUAGUUAUAUUUUAUCUUGUUUUACAAAAGGUCCUUGGGUACUCUUUAAAACAUGUAUUCAUUGGCAGGAAAAUUAGCUCAUUAGAGCAAUGACACCAUUAAGGGAAAUUAUAAGAGUCCUGGGGCUGAGGUGGGAAGAUUCUUCCAUCUGCCCCAUAUAGUUUACCCUUCCUUGCCUUGAAAAUGAAUAUUUUAGAACAGAGUACAGCUCUUAAAAGUUAUUAGUAUCAUUAUUAUUAUAGUUGUUAUAUAAUACUUUAAUUAAGAAAGAUGAAAACCUUUUUUCUUUCCUAAGUCAGCCCAAUGGUGCUAUUUUACAUAUCAACACAGUUGAAAGGAAGUACUGUUAUUUUGGGCUGCAGUGUUUCCUCCACAUCUAAAGAAAGCCCAUUUUGAAAUUGGAUACUGCAUUAAAACAAAGGAGGAAAAAUUAUUUUAACUGUGUGCAGUUUUUGAAAUUAGGCAUUUGUACUAUUUUGGUUUUACAUAAUUCUCUUGCAUUAACAAUUUACUGUUUUGUGAAUCAUGUGUACUAAAGCAAAUUAAGAAAAAGAAAAUAAUUAUCUGUGAAAGACUUUGUAUAUUAAACAAGUGACGCAAACCUU